GAGGAAUAGGAAAAAAAGAAAGAAAGAAAGAGAGAAAGAAAAGUCAGGAUGACGAGAUUCAAGAAGCAGACGGCUCAAAAUUGUUCCCGCCAAAAACAGAGCGGUUAAGUAACGGUUACAUUUUCCAGGAUAACCAAGAGCGGAUUAGAAAUUGAAUGAUGAUCAAGCAAACCCUAGAAUUCUCAUUUAGGAACUAAUCUCUACAAUGCCGAUUCAAUUGCUUCUCUUCUUGCCGCUAACCAUUGCACUGGCCUCCACUGGUUUCCAGAAUUUCCCCGGUCGAACAACUUCGACAAGAACCACUUGCAGGCUUUCAAACCCUCUCAUCGGGGAAGAUGAUGGCAGGAUUUAUACUUGUUGUGAGAGGAAUUUUUUGGCAUUUGAAAGUAAUGGGUCCAUUGCCUGGAAAUUACAUUUGGCUUACACUUGCAACGCAAGCCUACCUCCUGUUCAUGGCGGUAGAGGGAAGAUUUUUUUGGUUGCAGAGAACAGAGUCCUGAAUAUAAAUUUUCUUGAUCUUGGAACUUCUCUGCCCACGAAAGAAGUUUUCUUCGGUCAAGAAGAUGCAGGUGAAAUUAUCGGCCUUGCGGUGAGCACGCUGAGUUCAUCUGUAUUCAUCAAUUUCAGGAACCAGGGAUUAUUUGCGUACUUAAUUGGGGGACAAGGACAACUACUAUGGAGUAUUGGACCUAUGAUUUCUCAGUUUGGCUACCGUCUAGGUUGCAGGAAAGACGUUACAGAUUGUUAUUUUAAUUCAGUUCCUGUGAUUGAUCAAUGUGAGGGCAGUAUAUAUAUUUCGAAUACUGCAGGGGAACUUUACUCUCUGUCUAUUCGUAGCCCUCACUUCAAUUGGAUCCAGGAUCUAAGCUCAUUUGACAAAGAUUUUACUGCAACACCCGGAAACAAUGCCCAUUUGUAUGUAACUGUACCUAUCAAGGCUCUUGUGUUGGCACUAGAUGUUUCUACGGGCAAUAUUUUAUGGCAGAAGAGCAUUGGACCAUUGAAUGCAGCUGCAUUGGUUCCAGUUGUGGAUUCUAAAGGUUGGGUAUCUAUUGGUUCUUUGGAUGGAUUUCUGUACUCAAUCUCACCUACUGGGGAUGUGAAGAAAUUUGCAAAAGCAUCUGUACUGAAUCAUGUUAUCCAAGUUAGUCCUUUUCUUGAUUGCUCUGGCUAUGCAGUUUAUAUAUCUCAGGCAGAGAUGGAAGGAAAGUUCAGUCAAGUGAUUGGUGAAUAUAAUUAUGUCUCAGCAUUGAGACCUAAAGGUGUAGUCUUCACCUUGCUGGUUCCAGCAACAGGGUCAGUCUAUUGGUCUGAAAUGCAUCCUGGUCAAUUUUCAUCCUUAUUAUCACAGAGUGAUCUGCAGGGUUUUGUAUUGGAUGAAGGAAUCCUUCUUGCUUUUAUCACUGCUUCAAGGACGGGCAACGCGCUGCCGUGCCGUAGCAAAUAUGAGAAGCUUCUGUCUAGCUGCUCACAAGCAACACCCAAGCAUGUUAGAAUCUACACAGGUGACGAGAGGACAAUUAUGCUGUUCCUGAUAUUCGAGUCCAUAGCUUUGGUAGUUCUAGGUGGUCUUGUGCGAUUCUGCUGUGUAUUUUGGAGCAAAAAAAAGAUUCAAGGUCAAGGUUUGGGAGAUUUUCUAGAAAAGCGACGAUCUCUCCAACUCAAGAAAAAGGCAUUCGAUAGGACGAUCACAGAACUGAAACAGAAGGCAGCAGAAGAAGCAGUGGCAAAUGAAGUUAUUGAAGAACUGGGAGAUUUGGUACGAGAAAGGCAAGGAAUUGAAAGAAAGCUCUCAACAACUUACAGUUUAGGCAGGGAUGGAAAUGGCCAGAAGUCAAAAUCUCUCCUUCCAGUACAUGAUGGAAAGACGACAAGAAGCUAUUCCUUUCAAAGUGCGAAGAAAGAAAGUGUCACUAUUUUUCACACAUUAAGUGAUACUACUUCUGGAGAAAGCAGCAGUGAAGGAGAUUAUUCUAGCUGGAUUAAUGCUCAAGAAGACAACCAGUCAGCUGCUACGGCAAAGGCACAGGCAAAGGCAAAAGUAAAAGCAAAAGCACCCAUAGAAGUAGACAGUUCAAGUGAUGACGGGAACUGUACACAAGGCUCCCAGAGUUCAUCAGGUCCAGCAUCAUGCCCAGAUGAUAUGGAGCUCUGCUAUGAAGGGAAUGUGGUGGAAUUAACACAAACAAGUGGCAGAAGCAUAUUAAAAGGAAAGACCUUAUCUUCAACCAACUAGAGUCUAAUACAGGUACCACCCCUCUAUUUAUCUAUGUGUGAUAAUUCUGCCAAAAACUUGAUCUCAAAUUAAUGUAGAAAAUUAUGCAAUGCAAGUGAUUGAUUGUAAAGAAGAGAGGGACUAAAAGGGUUCCGUUUUUUUAUGGAUCCCCAUAUAAAUAUUUAUUUUUUUCUCCUUGCUAUGAAUGGAUUUGAUUACCUUACCCUUCAAGCAC